GAGGUUUGUCUGUCUCCACCCUUGGAGCUUUUCCAGACCCAAAUAGACAGAGCCCUGAGUAACCUGGUCUGAUCUCAGAGGUGACCCUGCUUGAGCACUGGUUGGACUACAGACCUCCUGGGUCUCUUCCAACCUCAGCUGUCCUCUGAUCCUAUGAAACAAGCUGUGUUUUGAAAGUAUACAGAAGAGAUUUUUGAGAAACCUAGGUGCUAUGCUCAUUAGCUUUUAAUGGGAAACACAAGGCUUGAGUCAGACCUGGUCUGCACAGAUGCAUGUUCAGGGUAAUGCCACUGAAAUUAACUGAUCUGCAGCAUCCAUUUGGUACUUAGGUAUUGUUUGGACCUCACGUUGAAGUAUGUGACAAAGCAGAUGUGCUAAAGAAGAGCAGUUUUUCAGUGAUUUACAGCUGACUGCUCAAGAGUUGGAAGGGCAGUUCAGGUUUCACAUGUAACUGCGGAGGGCAUGUGGUGCUCCGAGCCGGGGAGCAAACCAGAAUUGCUCGGGCUGGAUUUGAUUCCAUAUUCCCACCGCCUCUGUCCACACACAGCUGCUGCGGGAGCGUGGGCUUUGGCAGCCUCCCCUAGUAACUCCUGGACGUCGCAGGAGGUGACUGAGCGAGGACAACGCCAAGGAGGAGCAUUCACCAGGGCACCGCCACCACCACUGUUGCGGGGGUGGAUGGAGCUUUUAUCUUAUCCUGCAGACCCUCGCUCGUUAGCCUGAAAUCAGGCACAUCACCUCGGUAGUAUUAGGGCGGAGGAAAUCUGGAGAUUUGAAUGGUCUUGUGUUUAAGCGGCGUGGCACAGCGGUAAGACAAGGUGCAUACUUCACGGAAAAGUACAGUUUGGGUUUCCCCAUUAGGAGUCCAUGGAAAGCAGCAGUGCAGGAUAUGUACUAGUGUUAUAACACACUAUAGCAUUUCUUUCCCUAUUUAGAGAGCAUGUACUGACAGCGUUAAUUUUUACGCUAUGAUUCUGCUAAGCACAAUACAUUAGAAAUUUUGAGAAACUCUGCUUUCUCUGUCUCAAAAAAUACAUGUGUUUGGGGCUCUGCCCUUCAGAUUUCAGAAGUUCCUGUAAUAUGGACUUAAAGACAAGUUGAAAAUAACACUACAUUUCCAGCAGCAAGAUUUUAAGAAUCAGAUGUCACCCCACCCGACCUCAAUUAAGUCAGGCAGAAUCUGCUGAAGCAGCUGGAUGGGAUCAAGCAGGGUGUGAAAAUCUGUAUUCUAACGCUGGGCAGAGAAAAGAAGAUCAGUUGGAAAUUUCAGUGUGAAGCUGGUUCUGUAUGAAGUGGAGAAUUUCAAGUGUGAAUGCGUGUAUGUGUUUGUGCAUGUGCUGGGGAAAGUAGGGUUGGCAAGGGAGACAGAGGAGAGCUUUGUGUUCAGUGCUUCCUCUGACACAGCUCAGCCUGUUCCCUAUCUCCCAGUUUCACUUCUGAAUGUGCAGGAACAUGCGGUGGCUCCUUUUUCCCACCAUCUUCAUCAUCCCUUGUACGCAACAGUUUUUCCACAGCCCACCAGCAAAGCCUGGAGAAAAACCUUCAGAAACUGGUGAAGUCCACCAGCGCAAGGAGGUUUGUCACUGGCCGUGCAGAUGCCCACCUGUGCCAACCUGCACCCCCGGGGUAAGCUUGGUGAAGGACGGUUGUGGCUGCUGUAACGUCUGUGCCAAGCAGUCAGGGGAGACCUGCAAUGAAGCAGACAUAUGUGAUCCCCACAAAGGCCUCUACUGCGACUACUCGGAAGAUGAGCCUAGGUAUGAAACAGGCGUGUGUGCAUAUCUGGUAGCUGUAGGAUGUGAGCUCAAUGGAGUUUAUUAUCUUAAUGGGCAGACCUUCCAACCUAACCCACUUUAUAAGUGCCUGUGUGUCAGUGGUGCAAUUGGAUGUACUCCUGUAUUCACACCAAGAUUAGCAGCAAGUCCCUGCACCAGGGUCACAGGCAGAAAGAAGCCUGGACAAUCCAUCUGUGGCCCAGGACAGCACAAGCAGCUUCAAUCAACAAACUACAGACUGAUGUCAGCUUACAGAAGCUUACCACUAGUUUUGAAGAAAAAGUGCCUAGUACAGGCAACUCCCUGGACACCCUGUUCCAGGACCUGUGGCAUAGGCAUAUCCAGCAGAGUGACCAAUGAAAACAGAAAAUGUGAAAUGAAAAAAGAAAAGAGAUUAUGCUUCAUCCAGCCUUGUCUGACCAAUAUACUGAAGACAAUAAAGAUACCAAAAGGAAAAACAUGUCAACCGACAUUCCAGCUUCCUACAGCAGAGAAACUAGUUUUUUCUGGAUGCUCAACUACUCAAAGCUACAGACUAACUUUCUGUGGGGUGUGCUUGGACAAGAGGUGCUGCAUACCUAAUAAAUCCAAAAUGAUCACUGUACAGUUUGAGUGUCCCAAUGAAGGCUUCUUCAAGUGGAAGAUGAUGUGGAUAACAUCAUGCGUAUGUCAGAGGAUUUGCACUGCUCCAGGAGAUAUAUUUUCUGAACUCAAAGUUGUAUGACAAGUUA